CACGCCGGUUGUGGGGUGCAGAUGUGCUGAGAGUGAUUUCUAAGUAGUUGAGUUGUUGAGAUGGUGAUGGUAAGGGCAGGUUUUGUUUUCAUUGGUGAAUCUGGUGUCAUCAUAUUCCGGUCAUAUGUUGAAAUAUUCUUUGUUUAGGUCUUGAAGUAGAGGAUCUUACUCUGCACGUCCACAUUUUGUGUGUGUGUGUGUGUGUGUGUGUGUUUUAAAGGAUGCCUCUGCAAGUAAUGGCUUUCUAGAAUUUCUAGCGUGAGUGAAGGUCCGGGGCGUGUGUGGGCCUCAGCACUGGCCUUGACAGUGAACUUUGAGGCUGUGUUUUUGGAUUUCAGAGAUUUGCCCCGGAGCCGGGGUGCGAGCUGUGCAUUUUUGGUAAGAGUAGGUGUCCGGAAUGUGGAUGCCUGAGCCUGUACAUUAGAGGGGGAAGAACAUUUAGAUAUUAGUAAUUGGUAGCUGAAUAUUAGAAUCAGAUUAAUUUAGGCUGAUGAAAGUUUGUGUCUGUGUUUUUAAGCUGUUGUGCACUCUAGGAAGAAAGCCUUUCAAAGACACACUAUUGGGAUUUUUCAGGAUGGGGAGCUGGAUGAUCUUCAUUUAGAAAGGGUACUGAUUGAUAGCUGUAGCUUCAUGGAGGGGCUGCUAAGGGGACUGAAAUUGGGGCUAAGACAUCUAAGUGUACUUUUCAGUAUUUAUGUUAUUUAUUUACAUUUGAUAUUCUCUAACUUGGGAACAGCAGUGAAAUAACUAGCUUUGAAGGGCCCAUCCCUUUUCCUAUUCAAUCACCUGGAAGGAGCUGCCUCAGAUACUCUUCUUCUGCUUACAUGAAGAGCUCUAAAUGCUAUCCAGCAGGAGGUGCUACAGCAAGAUAAAGCAAAUCUGAAUUUUGAGGGUCUUGCUACUUCUUACAUCUCUACUUAGCUUCAGCUAAGCAACAGGAUUAACACCCUAAAGUUCGAGAAAGAGUUUGAGGAGCAAUAGAGCUAAAGGAGGGCCAAUUUCCCCAAAAUUGGACUGCUCAGAACCUUUAAUAUGCUAAUGCGCAUUGUGAAUCUCCAAGAGGGGGAUAUGGAAUGCAGCAUUCUUGAAUACUUCUAAUGACAGGGAGCCCACUACCUCAUAAGCUGCAGUGAGAAGAGGAGUUUCUUAUUUUAAACAGAGGCUGAAGAAACUAUAGAAUUAGCAAAGAAAGUGGAGAAAGUAGAGGAUGGAGUUGCAGACUCUACAGGAGGCUCUUAAAGUGGAAAUUCAGGUUCACCAGAAACUGGUUGCUCAAAUGAAGCAGGAUCCACAGAAUGCUGAUUUAAAGAAACAGCUUCAUGAACUCCAAGCCAAAAUCACAGCUUUGAGUGAGAAACAGAAAAGAGUAGUUGAACAGCUACGGAAGAACCUGAUAGUAAAGCAAGAACAACCAGACAAGUUCCAAAUACAGCCAUUGCCACAAUCGGAAAACAAACUACAAACAGCACAGCAGCAACCACUACAGCAGCUACAGCAGCAACAGCAGUACCACCAUCACCACACGCCGUCAGCUGCACCCUCUCCCAACCUGACCGCUUCACAGAAGACUGUAACUACAGCUUCUAUGAUUACCACAAAGACACUACCUCUCGUCUUGAAAGCAGCAAGUGCGACCAUGCCUGCCUCUGUUGUGGGCCAGAGACCUACCAUUGCUAUGGUGACCGCCAUCAACAGUCAGAAGGCUGUGCUCAGCACUGACGUGCAGAACACACCAGUCAACCUGCAGACGUCUAGUAAGGUCACUGGGCCUGGGGCAGAGGCUGUCCAAAUUGUGGCAAAAAACACAGUCACUCUGCAGGUUCAGGCAACACCACCUCAACCCAUCAAAGUACCACAAUUUAUCCCCCCUCCCAGACUCACUCCACGUCCAAACUUCCUUCCACAGGUUCGACCCAAGCCUGUGGCCCAGAAUAACAUUCCUAUUGCCCCAGCGCCUCCUCCCAUGCUUGCCGCUCCUCAACUUAUCCAGAGGCCCGUCAUGCUGACCAAGUUUACCCCCACGACCCUCCCUACCUCCCAGAACUCCAUCCACCCCGUCCGUGUCGUCAAUGGGCAGACUGCGACCAUAGCCAAAACCUUCCCCAUGGCCCAGCUCACCAGCAUUGUGAUAGCUACUCCAGGGACCAGACUCGCUGGACCUCAGACUGUACAGCUUAGCAAGCCAAGCCUUGAAAAACAGACAAUUAAAUCCCACACAGAAACAGAUGAGAAGCAAACAGAGAGCCGCACCAUCACUCCGCCUGCUGCGCCCAAACCAAAACGGGAGGAGAACCCUCAGAAACUUGCCUUCAUGGUGUCUCUAGGGUUGGUAACACAUGACCAUCUGGAAGAAAUCCAAAGCAAGAGGCAAGAGCGAAAAAGAAGAACAACAGCAAAUCCUGUAUACAGUGGAGCAGUCUUUGAGCCAGAGCGCAAGAAGAGUGCGGUCACAUACCUAAACAGCACCAUGCACCCCGGGACCCGGAAGAGAGGUCGUCCUCCAAAAUACAAUGCGGUGCUGGGGUUUGGAGCCCUUACCCCAACCUCCCCCCCAUCCAGUCAUCCUGACUCCCCUGAAAAUGAAAAGACAGAGACCACAUUCACUUUCCCUGCACCUGUCCAGCCUGUGUCCCUGCCCAGCCCCACCUCCACAGACGGUGAUAUCCAUGAGGAUUUUUGCAGUGUUUGCAGAAAAAGUGGCCAGUUGCUCAUGUGUGACACGUGCUCCCGUGUGUAUCACCUGGACUGCUUAGACCCGCCUCUGAAAACAAUUCCCAAGGGCAUGUGGAUAUGUCCUAGAUGUCAGGACCAGAUGCUGAAGAAGGAAGAAGCAAUCCCCUGGCCUGGAACUUUAGCAAUCGUUCAUUCCUAUAUCGCCUACAAAGCAGCAAAAGAAGAAGAGAAGCAGAAGUUACUUAAAUGGAGUUCAGAUUUAAAACAAGAACGAGAACAACUAGAGCAGAAGGUGAAACAGCUCAGCAAUUCUAUAAGUAAAUGCAUGGAGAUGAAGAGCACCAUCCUGGCCCGGCAGAAGGAGAUGCACAGCUCGUUGGAAAAGGUCAAACAGCUGAUCCGCCUCAUCCACGGCAUCGACCUCUCCAAACCCGUAGACUCUGAGGCCACUGUGGGGGCCAUGUCCAAUGGCCCGGACUGCACCCCCCCUGCCAAUGCCGCCACCUCCACGCCGGCCCCCUCCCCCUCCUCCCAGAGCCGCACAGCGAACUGUACCCAGGGGGAGGAGACGAAAUAACAGCGCGGCGCCGGAUGCCUCGGGGUCCCGGUGGCCGGGAGAGCGGAACACUGAAGACUCUAGGAAAGCAAAGCUGGAUUUCUUCUGGAAAGUACAGAAUUCUUUUGGUUCUUUGGUUCCAGAGAGAGAGAAGAUGCUUGUGCCAGGUGGCACCAGAGUUUGCCAAUUGAUCCUUCUUAUUCUGUGUGUACAUGCAAAGAUUGGACCAUGUUACAUGAAAUAGUGCCAGCUGGAGGUUCUUUGCCAGCACCAUGCCAAGUGAAAUAAUAUAUUUACUCUCUCUAUUAUACACCAGUGUGUGCCUGCAGCAGCCGCCACAGCCGCCAGGGGCUUGUUUUUGUUUCGUUGGGGGGAGCAGGGACGGGCGGAGGGAGGAGAGCAGGUUUCAGAUCCUUAUUUGCCGAGCCGUUUGUCUAGGUAGAGAAGACAAGUCCAAAGAGUGUGUGGGCUUUCCUGUUUCUAAACUUUCACUACUAUAAAACCAAAAAAAGAAAAAAAAAAAAGGAAAUUGAGAUUUCACCAACCCCAGUGCCCAGAGGAGGGGUGGGGAGGGGCUGGGAGGGAGCCGGGGUGGGAAAGUCUUAUCAGAUAAGCAGUAUUUCAUACCGUCUGGGGUGGGGUACAGUGCAGAGAGGGACCCCAAGAUCAACCACCCGGUUCUUCUCUGGAGCACUCAGCUCCCCCACCGCGAGUGCCCCUGCUGCGCGUCCCACCCCACCUCCCAACCCCCCACUCCCUCCCACCCCCCCCAUCCCGGUUUCGGCCCUGCUUUGGCAAAUCGGCACAUACCCGCCGAUGAUCCGGUUCCCUUCCCUGCCCCGAAAACAAGGGCCCUCGGCGCAGGGGUGUAUGUGUCAGGAAGGAAGACGGUGGAUCAGUGACUUGACUUGAACACAAGCUCCAUCCCUUUUCUAUAUUUAUAAGGAGAGAAGAUCCUGGGAGAAGCAGCACGCGACCCGCGUGGGGGAAUCGAAUGGAGACGUUUCUUUUCUUUUUUUUUUUUUUUUUCAUUUUAAAAAAAUUUUUAUUUUUGUUUUUUGUUCUUUUAAGAAGUAUUUUUUGUUGUUUAUUUUUAUUUUUUUCUUUUUUUUUUUUUGUAACAAAACUAAAAUAAGGAAUAGAAAAGCUGUUUUUCAGGCUGACAGUCCACUUAAGGGUAGUCGAGACCUUGCAUGGUAGAAUAGGAAUCUAGUGUCAGUGAGGUCCAGUGAGUCUGUGUGAGUCCUUGUGUCAUCGUUUGGGCACUGUUUUUUUAUGCAAGGGCAAAAAUCUUUGUAUCUGGGGAAAAACAACAACAGCAACUUUUUUUUUUAAUUAAAAAAGGAAAAUAAAAGAUAUUGAGCUCUUCCUAGUGUUACUGAAAUUAAGAUCAAGGUAAGAAACAUUGUACAAAAAAAAAAUUACAAAAGUGCUAUUUGUUUCCUAAAAGCAGUGAUUUCUAUUAAAAAGGUGUCAGAACUGGAGAAAAUGCUGUGUAGUUAUAAUUUUUUAGCACAGAACCUGCUGCUUCUGAUGACAUUUUGCUGUGUUUGUGUCUCAAGCCUGGUGGGCCAGUCUCCAAGCUUCCUGGCCUCAGAGGGGCGCCUGCGGCUGCCCCCCAACCCCCAGCCUCCCCUCGCAGAAAGGACGGGCCUGUCUUCUUGGCAGGGAUCCUGGCUCCUGUUUUCGAAGCCCAGAUGGAGUGUGGAUGCUCCCGAGGCCCUUCCUGAUGUCUCCUCGGAUAUUGCUAGAACAAAAAUGGCUGAUGCCUAAAUAAGACCCUUUCCUUUGGUGCUGCCCUCGGUCUUUCAUCCACCAGCAUUCAGAGUGCCUGGGGAACAACUGAGGGGUGCAUGGCAGUGCUGCUCCCUGGGCCCACGCAGCCCGUUCCGGUGGGAAGAUGCAGGGCACAGGCCGGGCACGAGUGAUCUGCUGAGAGCCAAGGAGAGAGAGGGCUGGUGGGGCCUGGUGUCUCCCAGACACAGCGGCCCGGGGCGGCCUGGUAGCUAUCUGGCCUUUGAAGGGAGGUCUGAUCUCCAGCAGCUUGCUUUCUUGGCCCUCAGACUCUGGGCACCAGCAGUGGAAUCCAUCGGCUCUUAGACACACACACACACACACACACACACGCACACGCACACGCACACACACACAAAGCUUCUUAGGUGACCCGCCUUCGGCUGGAGACGCUGGGCUUGCCUUGGUCUGGCGUACUGCCUCCUCUUCGAGAACACCCAGGUGCCCAAAGUCAGUGGUGCGUUCUUUGGCCUAGAAGAGGCAGAAAGGGUCCCUUUUGAGACAGAUGGAGCCUAAAGGCCAAAGCGGCCAAGACAGACCCUUAGGCACCCUGUGUUCAGGCUCUGCCAGCUACUUGUGUGUGCCAGGGACGUGAGAGAAGAGGAGAAAGCGGGGCUGGGCUGCAGGCUUGGCGGAGAAAGGCCAGGAGGCACUGCCCUUUCUCUUGCAAAGACCAAGGUGCUGUCUGGUCUGCACGCAGUGGAGGUGCCCCAACUAGUUGGAGCUGUUGGCAGGGGUUUGCUGCCCUGCAGCAGACGCUGGCUUAGGCGGCCUUGUGACUCAUCUGGAUCCAAAGGCAGCGGGGUGGGUGAUACCACCCAAUGCCUCUUUUCUUUUUUUUUCUUAGAUGAAUUCGGGGAGCUAGCUAAGACCUUUGCUCAGAAAAGAGCUGCCCACAGGUUCUGAGGGGCCUGGGGGUGGGGGCCGAAGUGACGGCCCAGGGUCAAAAGCUGGCGGCCGUGAGCGAUUCAGGCUCCCAUCUUGUCCACAUCCCUCCGAAAGUUCCAAUCUGCUUCAUGCCUCAGCUAGCAUAGUGCAGGGUCUGAAGGCAGCCUCGCCUCCGUCCCGCACCCCGGACUCCCGUUCCCCAACGCUCCUUUCUGUAAAGAGAAGGCCCUCCUCCCCGACUCCUUUCCCUUCAGGGCCCCGCCGCACCCUCCGCCCCCCUAACGUGCGGGUGCCCAGACCCCCCGACACACACUGCAGACAGCCUGCCCAUGCGGGCUCACCUCCCGCCUCUUAUCUCGUGCCGCUCCUGCUCUCUGAGACCGGGGUCCUCUUUGCCAGCGCCCCCCACCCCUGCUCUGGGACCCAGAGGCCCCGUGGCUCAGGCCCCCGGAGGCAGUGAGUUCUCCACACGAUGCAUCACCUCUGCCUCCCCUUCCUGCCAUCGCUGCCUGCGGGCCGUUUGGCUUUCCAGGAGCUUGCCGGGUCUUGUCUCGCCUCUGCUCGCCCGCCCGCCCGAGCUCUGCUGGCUUCCUUUCUCCCCGUCAGGCUCCUCAGCAGUGCCUGCCGGAGGGGCUGGGCUCAGGGGAGGGGGGGCUCACCUAGGCGAGGCCUGCAGCCGGCCACGGCUGCCUCCAGCUGGCACCGUCUGGGUGGUAGGCGUCCCACCAGGCCCACCUCUGUCACUGCUUCUCGGCUCAGGCUCGGCAGGCGGUGUGAUAGGGGCAUGACAGCCCCCCGCUGCACCCCCUUUCCCCCCCGCAGCUCGGGGCCUGCCUCCUCUUUGUCCGCGGGUCAUCUCCUGCCUCUUCAGCCAUCUUCGAUGGUUCCUCUCUGGGGACCGUCAGGGCCUCCUCGUCGGGCUCACUCCGACGCCACCGACCUUUCAGGGUGUGGGUUCUCUCCUACUCUCCAAAGGGCUUCACUUAGGAGACUUGCACCCCGAGAGCCACAGGCUCUGGGGCUUGUCGGACUGACCGGAGACCCAGCGCCGUGCCAGACCUGGGUUCUCCAGUUCCGUGGCUUUGGGGGCGAGGGGGGGUGGUAUGUUGCCGUGUGGGACUGACCGGGCCUCACCCCCCACCCCUCAGCUGGGCACCCUUGGCAGGAAACAGGAGACCCAGGCUCACCCUGACUUAAGCUUGUCCUCAGGGCUGGCACCUCUUCAGGAAGGGGGCGCCUUUCCCCCAGGCGGACGGGGAGGAAGCAGGUGGUGACUCUCAGAGGACCCCACUGUGCCCCCAGCCGCCUCUGGCCCCUGCACCUCUCCAGUACCCCUGGGUCCCAGCCCGGGGGGAAGCUGCAGUCAGGCGGGAUGGGCAGGCCAGAGGAGAGGCAGCUGCGAGCAGAACAAGAGCCAGCCAAGCCCCCAUCCUGUCUCGUGUCCAGGCCCCUUGUGAUUUCAGUCUUGGUAGAACUUGUAUUUGGAGUUUUGUGCUUCAAAGUUUUCGUUUUUGUUUGUUUGAUUUUUUUUUGUUUUGUUUUGAGGGGGUGGGGGGAAUACAGAGCAGCUGAUCAAUUUGUAUUUAUUUAUUUUAACAUUUUACUAAAUAAAGCCAAAUAAAGUCUC